AUGCCGAAAGCUUCCAAAACAUUGUAUGCAAUCAUUUUGCUGCUGACGCUGAUGACGGUGAUGAUUAUCGCUGUGCCAUGCUCACAAGAUUCAAAAAUAUUGGACAUCUCAAAGCAAAAUGAGACAAAAAUCGCAUGGGAGUACAUCAACUACCGACUACCCGAAUCUUUGAAGCCAGAGUCUUACGACAUUUUCUUUCAACUCGAUUCCGAUGGUAAAAACUUUGACGGUCGGGUCACAAUAACUGCGCAAGUAGUUGAGACGACUAAAGAAAUUAAGCUGCACAGAGGAUCUAAUUUAAUCGUGACGAUGGUUUCGAUCAGUGUCCAUGCGGGCAAAGAAUCACGACCAAUCAACUCAAGUUACAACAAGAGAACCGAAAUAGAAACCUAUGUCCUUGCGGAAGCCCUACAAAAAGGUAGCAAGAUUGACAUAAGUUUAACGUACAAUGGGCCCUUGGGAGACGACAUGUUAGGAUUCUACAGAAGUACAUACGUUGACGAGAAUGGCAAAGAAAGAUGGGUCGCUGCAACGCAGUUCGAAACAAAGUACGCCAGACGGGCAUUCCCAUGUUUCGAUGAACCGGCGUGGAAAGCAAACUUUACCAUUGGUAUUUCAAAAUCAAAUUUUCCAAAAGGGUAUCACUGUUUGAGCAACAUGCCAUUAUCAACAAAAUCUACCGACGAACUCUGCGUUUUUGAAAAAUCCGUUCCAAUGUCAACGUAUCUGGUAGCUUUCGUAAUUUCGGAUUUUAAAAAUAAAACAAAAUCGUUUGUAAGCGUUUGGACACGUCCAGAACUUUCAAAGCAAGCGGAUUACGCAGUAGACAUUGCUUUGAAGAGUAUGCAAGUCUUGGACAAGAUACUGAGAGAAAAAUACCCCAUAAAAAAAAUGGAUCUGGUAGCAGUGCCAGAUUUUACUGAAUACGCUGGAGCAAUGGAAAAUUAUGGCAUUUUAACGUUUCGCGAAGCCACCUUGUUGUACGACGAGGAUCAUACGACGAAUGAAGCCCAGCAGACGAUUGCCUCUGUCAUUGUGCACGAGUGCUCUCACAUGUGGUUCGGCAACCUUGUGACCCCAAGUUCGUGGAGAUUUAUCUGGCUUAGCGAAGCCUUUGCCACGUAUUACCAAUACAUGGUUACAGCUCGGUGUGAAAAUACAUGGCAAAUGGAAGAACAAUUUGUCAUUGAACAGCAUCAAUUGGCCAUGAGUCGUGAUGCCUCCGAAUAUUAUAAUCUGAUCUCGAGGAGUGUUUCAACUCAAUUCAACGUUGUAGAAAAUAGAGGUUCAUUAAUUUACAGUAAAGGAGCAAGUAUUUUGCGAAUGAUCGAGAAAACCUUUGGGUCUGAAGUGUUUGAUUCUGCUCUUCGUAAAUACUUGCAACAAAACAAAUUUAAAAAUGUUACACCAAAAGAUUUGUGGAAAGCUCUUCAAAGAGAAAUCGACGAGAAGCUCGAAGAUGACAAAUAUCGCAUUAAUGUAACCGAAUGUAUGAAAUCUUGGACUGAAAAGAAUGGAUUCCCAUAUGUAAAAGUAGACAUGAAGCAAGAUCACAUUACUUUAACUCAAAAACGCUUUCUCCUUUACAAUUCGACCGAAGCGAAUGACAAAACGAUUUGGCAUAUACCAAUAACUUGGAUAUCGUCUGCAUCCGAGAAACCACCGUCUAAAUUGGAAUUUUGGUUGAAUCAAACGGAAAUUACAGUAGAAUAUGAGAGCAAUGAAAUUGAAUGGCAGAUCUUCAAUGUAAACUCGACAGGAUUUUAUCGCGUUCUUUAUGAUAAUGAGUCAUGGAAAAAAAUUUUUCAUGUGUUAAAAAAAGGAGAUAUAUCGAAAAUACCUGUGCUUAAUCGAGCGGCUAUCGUAGAUGAUCUACUGAACUUUGCCAGAGCAGAGAUCGUCAGUUACGAUAUUGCUUUAAGUGCCUUGCAAUAUCUUAAAAGAGAGACCGAAUACGUACCGUUUAAAUCAGCUUUCAUGUCUUUAGAUUAUUUAAUUAAUAAAUUUGCUGCUAGUCCCGAUUACAAAUUAUUCAAGGAAUAUGUAAUUUCCUUAUAUUCAAAUAUUUAUAAAAAACUGACAUAUGAUGAUAGUAAGACCGAUGGCCAUUUGGAUAUAUUGUUACGUCAAAAAAUUAACCAAGUAGCAUUAAAUAUUGAUUUAACAAUUAGUAAUAUACACGUUUUUCAUGAAAGUAUUCCCAAGAACCAAAGACCUGCUGCUUAUUGUGCAGCUAUCAAAUACGGCUCUGAUGAAGAUUGGGAAUUUCUAUACGAAGAGUAUAAAAAUUCGAGGGUCACAACAGAACAGUUAACUAUUUUGGAUGCACUUGGGUGUACGAAAAAUACUUCAAAACUUGAAAAAUAUCUGUUGAAUGUUUUAAACACAAACUACACAAAAAGUCUCAUUCAUAAGCAAGAUGUAUCAACCACAUUUAGUGCAGUUUAUUCAAAUUUAGAAGGGGCCGAAUACAUUUUAGAGUUUAUUGAAAAACAUUUUAAAGCCAUUGAACAAUAUUACAAGAGCUAUGACGAAAUUGGAAGAAUUGUUUCGGGAGUGCUGAAAAGAUAUCCGAUUAAAAAAUUUAUCGAUCGAGUCAAACAAAUGAUGAGCAGCAAUCCAAAUCAUUUUAAAACAGUUAAAGGAUUAAUGCGUAGAAGUAUUAAUUUAGCAAAUUUUGAACUUAAAUGGUUCAACAAACAUUCCUCCAUAAUAAUUGACUGGAUAAAAAAAAAAACAGAAGAAAAUACUUCUCAUUAUCGAUUACCUUCCAAUAUAGUUCCCAAGUCUUAUUCCAUUAAUCUAAUUCCAAAAUUUGAACCAGAUUUCAUUUUUGAGGGGCGGGUUGAAAUUGAAGCUAAAAUUCAAGUGGCAACAAAAAAAAUCGUGUUGCACUCUGACCAGUUAAAAAUUGACGAAAAGAAUCUGUUUAUUUCAUCGUAUGGCGAAAAGGUUGAGAUGUACAAUGUGAUAAAUACCUUUUAUGAGGAACAGUAUCACUUUUACGUGAUUGAACUAAAAUCUACUCUCAGAGAAGAAACAUUCAUCAACAUAACUAUUACAUAUACUGGUAACUUGAACACCGAAAUGAGAGGAUUUUACAGAAGUUCAUAUGAUAUUCAGGACAAGAAAAGAUGGCUGGCAGCUACACAUUUAGAACCAGUGGCUGCACGGAGACUGUUUCCUUGUUUCGAUGAGCCUCAUUUGAAAGCAACUUUCAAUAUUUCUGUGGUAGCGCCUGAAAAUUAUCACGUACUUAGCAAUACAAAUGUGAAACGAAUAGAAAACUUACUUUUGCUAUUACAUUGCAGAAACAUUUGGGAGUUUGAGACAACUCCAAUAAUGUCAACCUAUCUUGUAGCAGUAGUGGUAAGCGACUUUGCAGAUAAGAAAUUUAAUGACACUGAUGGAAAGUAUAAAGUAUGGGCAAAUCCACCAGUAGUCAAUCAAUCGGCUUACGCUGUAAGCGUGAUGAAGCCAAUCGUUACAGACUUUGAAAAACGAUUCCAAGUCAAGUAUCAUUUCAACAAACUUGACAUGGUUGCGCUACCAGACUUUUCAUCAGGUGCGAUGGAAAAUAUUGGAUUAAUAACAUUUCGAGAGACAAAUAUGCUGUAUGAUAAACAUGAGAUGUCAUCACUGGUUGCUAAACAAUCAAUUCGUAACGUCAUUGCACACGAAAUUGCACAUCAGUGGUUUGGUAAUCUAGUCAGUCCAGCCAGAUGGGACUAUGUGUGGCUUAGUGAAGGUUUUGCCCGCUACUUCCAGUACUUCCAGUAUACAAUGGACGAAAGUUCAUGGAAUUUAGAAGCUCAGUUUGUAGUUGAUCACUUGCAUAAGUCUCUUGCAACUGAUGGAUUACAAAGUACACAUCCAAUUACGUACAAAGUAUAUGCUCCGGCCGAUAUUAGAGCUAUGUUCGAUACGAUAUCUUACGCUAAGGCUGCUAGUAUAAUAAGGAUGUUGGAAAAGUUAGUUGGAUCCGAAAAGUUUUACAGUGCUUUAAAAAGAUACCUAGAAACUUUUCAAUUUUCCGUCACGGAGCCAUCAUCAUUAUUCUCUGCAUUCGAAAAAGAGGCUAUAAGUAAUUUUGAUGUCAAGGAGCUAUUAACAAAUUGGACCACACAAUCUGGUUUUCCAGUCAUAAAUGUGUAUGUGAAAAGAAAUAAUGUAGCAUUGACGCAAACUAGAUUUUUCAUAAAACCAAAAAGCGAUCCUAACAAGUAUGCAUCAUUCACAUACCUGGUACCAAUUACUUACGCCACUGAUGAGACUCCAAAUUUUAAUGACACGAAAAAUGUUAGAAUGUGGUUUAAAGAAAAAAGUGCAGAUUUGACUAUUCCCAAUGCAGAUAAGGGCUGGUUGAUCUUCAAUGUUCAACAAACGGGAUUCUACAGAGUCAAUUAUGAUGAAGCUGCGUGGCGACGAAUAUUUAGUGUUCUGGAUUCAGACAAUUUUACUUGCAUCCAUGAGAUCAAUCGCGCUAUGAUUAUAGAUGAUUUAUUUAAUCUGGCACGUGCCUAUCAGUUGGAUUAUGACAUACUUUUCGCGGGAGUUAAAUAUUUGCGUCAUGAAACAGAAUACGUGCCGUGGAAAGCAGCUAAAACUGGCUUUUCUUACCUAGCAAAACGAUUCGCUGGACGACCAACUGUUUACAAUGCUUAUAGAAAAUACAUAAUUGACUUACUACAACCAAACUUCGAAAAAUUGAAAUUCGAUGACAAUGAAAAUGAUAAACAUACUGAUAUACUGUUGAGGAAACUCGUUCUUGAAUGGAUGUGUUCUUUGGACGAGAAAAAGUGCAUUCAAAAGGCAAAGGACUUAUUCAAAAGGCAACUUUUUUUAUUGUUCAGCUAUGAAAUUCCACCAAACCAGAAAACUUUUGCUUAUUGCACUGCCAUUAGACAUGGAAAUCAAGAUGACUGGAAUUACUUGAAAAAAAAACUCGAAGAAUCUAAUUUUGCUACAGAGAAAAUAAACAUUUUAACAGCACUUGGGUGUUCUAAAACUAAAGAUAACUUGAAACUUCUUUUAAAUGAUGUCAUAAAAGAAGGAUCAUACGUAAGAUUACAAGACGCUCAGAAGGUGUUUUCGUAUGUUAUCGAUGGUGGUCUUACAGGAGUUGAAACGGCUUUGGAUUUUAUUAAAGAAAACCACGAUAGAAUGAAUAAAUAG